AUGUGGACCAUUAAACGCGAUGAAGCAAUAUGGAUUAUAAAGCAUUUGAUGGAAUUUGUGAAAAAAUGGAAUGAAUUUCCGGAAACCAAAGAAGUGCUAAAGUGGUAUUACAAAAUUUUGCAUCGAUUAAUUUUUGGACUUUUGGGUUUUACUGCUUCAUGUAUAAUUAUCCUUAUACUUGCUCCACUUUUCUGUUUUGUUCUAACUGGACAACGGCGGAUGUUUGUACAGUGCUUUAUUCCAGGAUUAGAUUACAACGCAAGUCCUGGCUUCGAGAUUCAUAUCAUUUAUCUCGGAUGGUGUGGCUUUUGUAUUAUAAGUGGAAUCGGAUCUUUGACAGCUUUUGAUGUGUUAAUUUUGGUGCAAAACUGCAUUGAAGUUGAUGUCUUGCGAGCAAGACUUUUAAUGUUGAAGGCUUUAGUUCGCAUGGGUAACCAGCACAACAAAAAUCUCGAAAAAUCCUUCAAAGAAAUUUUCGUGCAGCAUCAAGAAAUGAAUAAAUGUAUGGAGAACUGCGAGAAAUUUUUAUCGAUGCAACACACAACUGAUCAUUUUAUCAUUGGAGUACAAGCAUGUCUCUCGUUGUUCAUUUGCAUGCGAGAAUUCUGGCCAGCAGGAAUAAUUUUAUUCUUUAGUGGACUUAUAGUCAUUUUCUUGUCGAAUCUACUUGGAUCACUUAUUGAUGCAAAGUUAGAAAGCCUCGCGAAUGACAUCUAUGACGUACCAUGGUAUCUCAUGACAGUGAAAAAUCGAAAGAUGUACUGCUACUUUUUAGGAAAUGCUCAAAAAACGAAUCGCUUUACUUUGGCAGGAUAUCUCCCAUUGAGCUUGAAUACAUUUGCUCGAUUUUACAAGGGAUCUUACUCGUAUCUCAUGGUUUUGCGGAAAAUUGAACAAUAA